AUGAGGGUUUUGACUGCAGAAAUCAGGAAUCAGGAUUUCGCAGAGGUCGCGACCGCCGCCGCACUGGGAGGAGAUGAAGGCGGCACCACCAGACGCGACGGCACCCCUGCUAAAUCUCUAUUUUUGCCGCCGAUGUUGAGUACAAAUGUUUCGUCGGUGGGCUUACAUGAUACCACCUAUCAAUCCCUCGAGCAGGCUUCUCAUAGCGAUGAGGACUCAAUCGACACCAUUGAAUGGCCAGGAACGAGGCACAACCCUGUGCUGGCGGCACAUCGUGAUGGCUGCGGCGGUGGGUGUGGAAUUUAUGAGGCUCUAUUUAUGCCAGUCCAAAUCACGUACAUCUCAUGGACCCAUAUAUCGUGGGUGGCCAUGCCUAAAAGCAAGCUCGGGGGCCAUUUGGCUGCACUCUAUAAAUUACAGUACAGAUAA